AUGGCCCUGCGACGCUGCCAUCUAAACCCGAAGAAAACCCUUUUCCUGUUGUGCGACAUCCAGGAAAAGUUCCGGCCGGGAAUGCCGCUAUUCGACAACAUGGUCAAGAAUGUCGACAAGCUGACCAAAGCUGGAAAAGCUCUCGACGUCCCGCUGAUUGUCACGGAACACUCUCCGGAGAAAUUGGGCAAGACCGUGCCCCAACUGGAUGUGAGCCAUGCCAAGUUGGUGUCCGACAAGACGCUCUUCAGCAUGUUUACACCCGAAGUUAAGGCUGUGAUCAAGGAUAUAUUCAACGAUAAGCCGGAAGAUGUGGUUUUGUAUGGUCUAGAGUCCCACAUUUGCGUAGAGCAAACCGCCAUUGAUCUCUUAGAGCAGAACAUCAACGUCUACAUUGUGGCUGACUGCUGCUCCUCCAGGCUUAAUCAGGAUCGGGAUCUGGCCCUGGCUCGCCUACGCCAAGCUGGCUGUGUGAUCACAACCAGCGAGAGUGUCAUCUUCGAUUUGUUGCGCGACUCGAACAAUUUCAAGUUCGAUGCUAUUCGGAAACUGGUGAGCCAGCCCUCGGUGGAUAUGGAACUCACGCGCAGCGGUAACGGACAGCCUGUGGGCAAUGCCAAGCUGUGAGGGAAUCCCCACGUUCAUCUAUUUUUCGCUUUGUAUGUAUGCAUAUCCCUGUAUAUGUGAUGAUGCCAAUUGCAUUUAUAUAACCAUCAUGCA